AGAUCAUGUUUCUUGUUAACCGAUCGUAUGACUUUUGAUCGCUCUUUCAAAAUUGAUGACGAUGCGGUCUUUCGUCAGAAUAUCAUUCGUUAUGCUAAGUCGAUUCCGUAACCAUUAUUUCUAAUAUUACUUUUAUCAUAUUUGAGCUUGUGAAAUGUGAAUAAUUUAUUCAGCCUGGGUGUUGUAACAAUUGUAGAAAUAGUUCUAUAGAAUAGUUUUAUGGUAUUGAUGAAUAUUUAAAAGCAAGGAAAAGAAAAAAAAAAGAAAAGGAAUAAAAACAAAAAUAGAAAAAAAAAAGAUAAAAUAAAACAAAAGGAAUCGUUGUGGUGGCAUUUCUUAUCGAAGUAUUCCUUACUGUUUUCACAACGUAGAAAACGUUGUUGUUAUGUGAUGACAGAAGAAAAAUAAGUUUAUAUCUGCUGUUUGUUGUUGUUGUUGUUGUUGUUGUUGUGUUGCAUGUAUAAUAAAGGUGUAACCUUUGCCUCUUAUACAUAAAGAUAAAUGGCCUUACGAAGUUAGUUCCAGUUAUAAAGUUAGCUAUACUCGACUACAAGUUAUUAUGAAUCAGACGUAUUGAGGGACAACAACUAAGAAGCUAGUUUAUUAUUCUAGAAGAAUUAUUAUAUUUUUUUUUUUUUAUAUUUUAAUGUAAUACGUAACGUUUAAUAUUUGUCUAUAAAUAUGAUAUCAUCAAAUUUUAUUUAAAAAGAAAAAUAUUAAUUGCAAAGAAGUUGUUCGUGGUACUACAGUUAUUUACAAUAAAAAAUUUAGAAUUUAAUAAUGAGUCCACAGAGCUUUAAGAAAAAUUUGAACAAUAAAAUCAUGGCAUCAAAUGGUUAUUCUGGGGCAGAAGUGGCAGAAAGCGACUCAAAGAAUAAUUCACCACCGUGUGAGUCCGUAAACUCAAUGCCGUGGUUUGGAAUGGAUAUAGGUGGUACAUUGUGCAAAUUAGUAUAUUUUGAACCUAAAGAUAUAACGAGAGAUGAAGCUGACGCAGAACUUGAAACUCUUAAAAAUAUUCGGCGUUAUCUUACAAAAAAUUCAGCCUAUGGAAAAACAGGUCAUAGAGAUACGCAUUUACAGAUGGAUAAUGUUUAUGUUAGAGGCAGGCGUGGUACUUUACACUUUAUUAGAUUUCCUACCAGCGAAAUGGGAAAUUUUCUAGCAUUAGCAAAAUCUAAAGGUAUGGCGAAUCUUGUAACCACUGUUUGUGCAACUGGAGGUGGAGCCUACAAAUUUGAAGAAAAUUUCAAAAAAGGUCAAUCCAAUUUACAGGAAGUAAAUAUGAGUUUAGCAAAAUUUGAUGAAUUGGACAGCUUAAUACGAGGCAUACUUUAUGUAGAAAUAACUAAUCCACAUGAAUGCUAUUAUUGGUCUUAUCCAACAGAUGAUAGAAGAUGUCAAAAAGUACCAUAUGAUUUUUCAGAACCUUAUCCAUUCUUGCUAGUAAAUAUAGGUUCAGGUGUUAGUAUAUUAGCAGUUUAUGGACCAGAAAAUUAUAAGAGGAUAUCUGGAACAAGUUUAGGCGGUGGAACAUUCUUAGGUUUAUGUUGUUUACUCACUGGUUGUAACACUUUCGAAGAAGCAAUUGAAUUAGCAACAGGUGGUGACAACACUAAAGUAGAUAAAUUAGUAAAAGAUAUCUAUGGGGGUGAUUACGAGCCAUUUGGUCUUCCUGGAGAUCUUGUUGCCAGCAGUUUUGGGCAAAUGAAUUUUAAAGAACGUCGUAAUGCUGUUACGAAGGAAGACCUUGCACGUGCGACCCUUGUCACUAUCACCAAUAAUAUUGGUUCCAUAGCACGUAUGUGUGCUGUUAAUGAAAAGAUAGAAAGGGUGGUAUUCGUUGGUAACUUCCUCAGGGUCAAUCCUAUUUCUAUGAAAUUAUUGGCCUAUGCUAUGGAUUAUUGGUCUAAAGGAACAAUGAAAGCUCUGUUUUUAGAGCAUGAGGGUUAUUUUGGAGCAGUGGGAUGUUUAUUGCAAUUUAAAGGAGAAAUAAACUGAGUAAGUUUAUUUUAAACAUAGCAUUCCAGCUGGGAAAAUCUACUUUAAAAGAAAACUCAUAUAAAGCGUUAUUAAUUUUUCAAUAUAUAUAUAUAUAUAUAUGUAUAUAUAUAUGUAUGUAUGUAUGUAUGUAUGAUGUAUGUAUGUAUGUAUGUAUGUAUGUAUGUAUAUAUGAAUCUGUUCUUAUAUUUGAUUCGUUUUCUAGGAAUUUACGCAUUAAUCACGUAAUAUCAAUUGUAAUAAAAGCAUAAUGAUUUAAUGCUUCUAUAUGUUUUACAAUGUAUCUUCGCAGGCACUUUUACGAAAUACACGUUAUUUAUUAUUUAUUACUAUUUAUUAUAAGUUUUCAAAUGUCAGGAUAUUCAUGUUAAGAUUGGGUUACGUGAUUAUCGCAUAUACUCCUAUUCUGGGCACAAACAUCAUAUAAUUUAUAUAAGUAAUAAUGGACCAAACCCAAAUGCAUAUGAAUCGCCUGAUUCUUUAUACGUUGUAUAGGAUAGGUCUACCUCAUAAUUUAAUUGAUAUAUUUUUAUUUUCUUUUUUUUUUUUUCCUUUAAUAUAUCUGUAUCACAUAUAUACACAAUUUAAUUGCGUAAGGUAUCGAUGAGUUUUAAUAAUAUUUUAUUACAAGGUUUGCGUCUAUAUGUUUAUUAUACGUGCAUGUUUUAUAAUAACCAUAUUAUACAUUUUAUUGGUAUGUUAGUUUGCAUAUAUUAUUGUUUAUGUUUCUUUGUAAACAAAUAUUUGUAUAAUGAAUAAUCUAGCAUAAAUUCCAGUAUGUACAAAAAAAAGAAGAAUAUUAUUUCGCUGUAUAUUAGGAUAUAAAACAAUACCAGUAAAAAAAAAAAAAAAAGAAAAAAAAAAUGACAAACAUUUUAGACUAGUUGGCAGCUUAUCUAUUAAUAUAUAAUAUUUCUUAAGGUUUUUUAAUACAAAGUUGGAAUGAUAUGUAAAAUAAAAAACAAAAAAAGAAAAAAAGAAAGAAAGAAAGAAAAAAAAAAUACUUGUAGAUUCUUAUCGUCGGUUCUAAAAACUUUUAUUUGAUAUCAAUACUUAACCUGUUAAAAAGGAUUUGCUUAGAAUAAUGUUAAUGAUAAAUAAAUGAUAUUCAUUGCUAUGCAUAA